ACAGAGAGGAUACGGCUGGAACAACCUGAAGUCUUUCUCGGAGAGACGGAAACUCUCCCCGAACCCUAACCGAACUGAUCUUUAAAAUGCUGUAAUUUCAGACGAUGACAACAGUUUGUUUUGGUGGCAUGUGUGAACAUUUACAAUGAGGAUUCUGUUUGGAGACUGGAUCGCUAUUAUUGCUCAGAUGAGUUUGGGUGCUCAGCUGAAUAUAAAUUAGGUGUUCAGCGCCACAGAUUGCUGGAAGACAGAGAGAGAGGGAGAGACCUGGAGCAAAGACAAUCCACAAAGACAAAUGUCAAGACCGCACACGAUGAGAAGAACUCUCUGUUUGAUCUCGAGUAAUAGAAAUACCACCUUUUGAAAUUUGAAAAUAUCAACAGGUUAAAUCUAAAGUGUUUUUACAACGCGGGGAUGUAUCUUUCUAUUUUCUUUUUCCUCCUCUUAUGGGCUCAAGCCCUGACCUUGAAAAACUUGAAUUACUCCGUCCCAGAGGAACAAGGUCCUGGGACAGUGAUUGGGAACAUUGCCAAAGAUGCCAGACUUGGACUCGAACAAAAUGGGCAAGCAGGACAGGGUAAAAAAGCCAACUUUAGGGUGCUGGAGAAUUCUGCCCCACAUCUCAUCGAUGUGGACCCACAGAGCGGACUGCUGUACACAAAGCAGCGUAUCGACAGGGAAACCUUGUGCAGGAGAAAUCCCAAGUGCCAGCUGUCUAUGGAGGUGUUUGCCAAUGACAAGGAGAUUUGCAUGAUCAAAAUAGAUAUUCAGGACAUCAACGACAACUCACCCACUUUUCCCUCUGAUCAAAUUGAUAUUGACAUUUCUGAAAAUGCUGUGCCAGGUACGCGGUUUCCCUUGACCAGUGCACAUGACCCAGACGCAGGGGAAAAUGGCCUGAAAACCUAUCAGAUAACCCGCGAUGACUACAAUCUCUUUUCUCUGGAGGUAAAGACCCGUGGGGAUGGGACCAAAUUCCCAGAAUUAGUUAUUCAGCGACCACUAGACAGAGAAGAACGUAGCCAUCACACCCUUAUUUUGUCAGCCAUGGAUGGAGGAGAAUAUCCUCGGUCUGGAACCAUGCAGAUAAACGUUAAAGUCAUUGAUUCUAAUGAUAACAGCCCUUUGUUUGAUCAGCCCUCAUAUAUUGUGGAAAUCCCUGAAAAUUCUGCUCCUGGUAAAGUAUUGAUCGAUUUAAAUGCCACUGAUCCUGAUGAAGGAAACAAUGGACAAGUAGUCUAUUCUUUUAGUGGUUAUGCCCCAGAGAGAAUUCGAGAGCUUUUUUCCAUAGAUUCCAGGACAGGAGUCAUAAAGAUUCAGGGAGAAAUUGACUAUGAAGAGAGCCCAGUUAUUGAGAUUGACGUCCAGGCAAAGGAUCUUGGUCCAAAUCCAAUCCCCGGCCAUUGUAAAGUCACCGUUAAAGUGCUUGACAGGAAUGAUAACUGGCCAUCCAUAGGCUUUGUAUCCGUCAGACAGGGAGCCAUCAGUGAGGCGGCACCUCCAGGCACUGUUAUUGCUCUUGUCCGUGUCACUGACAAGGACUCAGGCAGGAAUGGGCAACUUCAGUGCAGAGUACUGGGUAAUGUCCCUUUUAACUUGGAGGAGAACUAUGAUAACUUCUAUACAGUAGUGACAGACCGACCUUUGGACAGAGAAAUGCAGGAUGAGUAUAAUGUCACCAUUGUGGCUAAAGAUAAUGGCAUUCCUCCUCUAAACUCUACAAAAUCCUUCACUGUUAAAAUCCUAGAUGAGAAUGACAAUAUUCCUCGCUUUACCAAGUCAGUUUACCUCCUUCAGAUCCCUGAGAACAACAUCCCCGGAGAGUACCUUGGCUCAGUUCUGGCUCAUGAUCCUGACCUUGGCCAGAAUGGCACAGUGUACUACAGCAUAAUCAACUCCAAUGUCAGUGGGGGUGAUGUCAACACCUAUGUUAAUGUGAACGCUGCUAAUGGAGCCAUCUAUGCUGUAAGAUCCUUCAACUAUGAGCAAAUAAAGUAUUUUGACUUCAAAGUUCUUGCUAAAGAUGCAGGAUCUCCGCAUCUGGAAAGCAAUGCCACCGUGCGCAUCAGUGUUCUGGAUGUAAACGACAAUAUCCCUGUCAUUGUUCUGCCGCUACUCCAGAAUGACACUGCAGAGAUCCAUGUGCCUCGUAAUGUUGGUGUUGGCUACAUCGUCACCACGGUGAGAGCGGUGGAUAAUGAUUAUGGUGAGAGUGGGAGGCUCACCUAUGAGAUCUCAGAUGGCAAUGAAGAGCACCUUUUUGAGAUUGAUCCCGUGACUGGAGAGGUGCGAACCGCCCACCAGUUCUGGGAGGAUGUGAGCCCCAUCGUGGAGCUGAUCAUACGAGUGAUGGACCACGGCAAGCCCACCCUCACGGCUGCUGCCAGGCUCAUCAUCAAAGCUUACAAUGGACCUCUACCUGGUGGGGAACCACGUAUCAAUGAGGACAACCGUAAUUGGGACAUGUCCCUACCUCUUAUUAUCACUCUCAGCAUUAUAUCCAUAAUGCUUCUGGCUGCCAUGGUGACCAUAGCAAUCAAGUGCAAACGGGAAAACAAGGAGAUCCGCACCUAUAACUGUCGCAUUGCAGAGUAUUCGCACCCGCAGCUGGGGAAAGGCAAGAAGAAGAAGAUUAACAAGAACGACAUCAUGCUGGUGCAGAGCGAAGUGGAAGAGCGGGAUGCCAUGAAUGUGAUGAAUGUGGUAAGCAGCCCUUCCUUGGCCACCUCUCCCAUGUACUUUGACUACCAGACACGCCUGCCACUCAGCUCACCAAGAUCAGAGGUCAUGUACCUCAAGCCCACUUCCAAUAACCUCAGCGUGCCCCAAGGCCACGUGGGAUGCCACACCAGCUUCACAGGCCCAGUCACCAGCACUACAGACACACCUACUAACCGCAUGUCCAUUAUACAGACGGACAGUUUCCCCACUGAGCCUAAUUACAUGGGUAGCAGACAACAGUUUGUUCAAAGCAGUUCAACGUUCAAGGACCCUGAGCGAGCGAGCCUUAGAGACAGCGGUCAUGGUGACAGCGACCAGGCUGACAGCGACCAGGACACCAACAAAGGCUCCUGCUGUGACAUGUCUGCAAAGGAAGCCCUCAAGAUGAAAGCUACAGGUGUGAAACCACCACCUUUAGAGCAAGAUGAGGAUUGUGUGAAUUGUACAGAGGAGUGCAGAGUACUGGGUCAUUCAGACCGCUGCUGGAUGCCCCAAUUCCCAGCUGGAGGAAACCAGGCAGAGGGAGUUGACUAUCGCAACAACAUGUUUGUGCCACCAGGGAUGGAGAUGGUGCCUGAGACAGAGACCUAUGAAACUGUCAAUCCCAAUGGAAAGAAGACAUUCUGUACUUUUGGCAAAGAACGACGUGACCACACAAUCCUUGUAGCCAAUGUUAAGCCCUACUUGAAAGCGAAACGCGCCCUUAGCCCACUGCUCCAAGAAGUACCCUCAGCUUCCAGUAGCCCCACGAAGGGCUGCUCUACCAUGUCUACUUGCUCUUCAGUCAAAAGCCCAGCUGAUGGGGCUGAAGGCAAGCAUCCUCCUGCUACGUGCUCAGGCCAUUACGGGCCUCCUGAUGGUCAAUACAUGUCACCAACCAAACAAACCAGGGAGCAGGGGUUCUAUCCACCCCUGCCUCCCUCAGAUCCAGUGGCCAAAGUGUUAGCUGAGGCCCGGUCCAGGAUCAGCCAGGAGGCAACAGGUGAAAUGGAGUGUAUCCGGGAGCAGGCAGAAUCCGAUGCCAAGGGUGAUGGAAUGGAAGCUGACCCAGUGGUGAGAGACAUCGACAAACUUUUGCAGGACUGUCGAGGAAGUGAGGCCACCGGGACACUCAGGAAGUGAUACAAAAGAUGGCCAUGAAUGAAGUAGUGGAGAGAGGAGUAUAAUGUUAUUUUGUUACCUCUCUCACCAAAUCUGUCACCAAAACUAAUACAAAGUUAAAUGGCUGACAUUGUCAAGCUGUUUUCACUGUAGUUGUUGUUGAUAAGUACCAACACUGGAAGUACAAACAUUUCUAAUGACAGUCAUUUGGCACCAGCUUCCGUGCCAAGACCACAGCGAACAAAAUAAUGAACUGCAACAAACAUCUGAAUUCUGUUAAAUUUAUGAACUCUUUCAGUUUGGGAUUUUUAAAUAAAUUGCAGAGGUUUAUACCUCUGGCACCUCGCAAGCUAUUAUCUAUAAGUGCCCACCAGCUCAUAAGUGUGAUGUUCAUGGUCCCUCGUGAAUUUCUACAUAUCUAAGAAGGCAGAUUUCUGUUAUGUGUGAUGGCCAUAGACCUUGAAUUAAAAAAACAAAACAAAAGACUGGUCAGACAUGACAAUCGAAACAGAGAAAAAAGUUGCAGUCUUUCUGGACAGAAAAAGACAGAAAUACACAAACAACCUUAUCUUUUCUGACUUAAAUGUUGUUGAAUUGUGAUGGAUCCCGUAGCUGAUGUUGGAGAGGUUGACUUAUCAGGGCUGUGUUUACCAGCUGGUUAUGGACUUGGGGUUUGAGGGGCCUAAAUGCUCAACCGAUGGAGAGAUAUUAACAGUGUAACCAUGUUUCACCUGUCAUUUGUAGCACCAUGUGUAAACUGUGUCUGUCUCAUGCCUCUAUUUAAACAUUCAUGUUGCUGUCCAGUGUAGCAACAUACACCACUUUUACAAAUACGUGCACUACACUUUGCCUGUGCACUUGCACUCUACACACAUGCCCUGAUGCUCCUUCACACACACACACACACAUACACACAGAUACAUACACUGGACAUCUGUGUAAUUGUCUAAUACAUAUACAUCAUCAGCUUUCAGUCUCUUGUGUACGGUGAAUUACCAUUUGUGUGCCGAUGCCUUAAGGCAAUCAUGACUUGUAUAAAAAGGGACAUUUUUCCUCAGCUGUGAAAAGACAAUAUCUAUAUGAUUAUAUAGAUGACUAUAUGUAAGAUCCAUGUAUAGUGUCCAAUAUUAACACAAUAUUUAUACAUUUUUUAAAGGAAAAAAAAAUGGAUGAUGAAUCUCAGCAAAAAAGUGUUCUAGAGAUUGUUGUGGUGAUGAGAGACCAUCAACUCAAAGAACCACAAAGGAUAAUGCCAUUCUUUUGAAGGAAAUAUCCAAAAAUAUAAUGAAACAAGAAAAUGUCCCUUCACAUUAUCACUAUACAUAAUAUCAUUAUAUGUGUAAAUGUAUCCAAUUUAGAUGUGUUUACAUAAAAAAAUGACAUAUUUUUUAUUGAUUUUACUGCAAUUUUCUGUGCAUUUGAGCCAAAUUGUUAUGUGUACAAAAGCUAUAUUGUGUAUUUUAUUAAAUUAAUAUAUAGUUGUGUUGCAAUAUACAUGGGCUUAUAUUGUAUUUGGCAAAAGUUGCCUUAGUAGCUGUCGAACUCUGUGAGUUUGCUUUAGUUUGGGUUUUUGUUGGUGUAAUUCUCCCCCUACCCCCUGACACACACACAUACACACACACACUCUUCUCUACUCUGCAUCUUUGCAGGCUGGCUUCAGUGCUUUUGAGAUGUUGCCUCUUUUUAACCCUGAGAUCCAGCCGGAUCGAACACAAAUAACUGUUGAAAGCUUAAUGAGCCAGCUGAUCUAGGUUACAUUUCAAACCAACAAUGAAAAGCACCAACCACAAGAUCACAGUUUAAAUAUUUUUAUUGAGCAGAUUUUUACAGGGCAGCUAUUUUCUUUUACAAAAAUUCGUAUACAUAAUUUGUGCUCAUUAUGUUUUGUUUUGUUUAGGUUUUUGUUUCUUUCCAAAAAAUAACCUGCCAUAUGGAAAGUGGAGUGGUUUCCUUGGUGAUCAUAAAACUGCCUUACUGUCUCUGCAGAGAACUUGUUGUAUCUGUGGAGCUUGUGACUGCUUAUAAAAGCCCUGGUCCACCAGAAUGUGCAUUUUCUAUAAAGGACCAAA